UAAACUAUUUUCCUGUUUGACGUUUAAUAUUGAGAUUAAUCAGGUGCUUUUAUUCUCGUAAGCACGGACCGGAAGUCGUUCCUAGUUAGCUUGAUGCGCAACAGCAGCAGUAAUGGCUGAGACCCACAGCUUACAGGACCUCCAGCAGCCAGCUGUGUCCUCCAAGGUGUUUAUCCAGAGAGACUACAGCUCAGGAACCAUAUGCAAGUUCCAGACCAAGUUCCCCUCUGAACUCGAGCCAAGGCUCGAUAAGCAGCAGUUUGAGGAGACCAUCCAGACUCUAAACAACCUGUACGCAGAGGCAGAGAAACUCGGUGGGAAGUCCUAUUUGGAGGGCUGCCUGGCUUGUCUUACUGCCUACACCAUCUUCCUCUGUAUGGAGACACACUAUGAAAAGGUGUUAAAGAAGAUCGCCAAAUACAUUAAGGACCAGAAUGAGAAGAUAUACGCUCCCAGGGGCUUGCUGCUGACCGACCCCAUAGAGAGAGGCCUCAGAGUUGUCGAAAUCACCAUUUUUGAAGACAGAAGUAUUGGCUCUGGAAGAUAAAAGAAUCUCGCGGUUGAGGACUCUGGCCAGAUAUACUUCAUCUGUCUGACAGCACAUAUUCAGACAACUACUUCUUUUUCCUCCGUCUUCUUCUUCUUCUUCUUCUUCUUCUUCAUCUUCAUGAUGUAUAUAAUUUUAAUCUGACUAUUUUUUUCUGUUAUUUAUAAGUACUCUGCUGUUUGCCUAUCCUUAUAUGUACGCAAAUUAGGGGUGUAAUCAUACACGUAUUCGUCCCAAAUUGUUCGGUACACGACAUUCGGUUCGGUAUGAACUUUCCAGGCUUCAAUACGUAGCAUCAAGCCAAUGUGAUGAUUAUGUUAUGUUGAUUAUUAUCCACUUAACGUUUUUGGCACCUAUAGAUUUCCAUCACCUAUCGUACGCUAGCAAGGUUAGACUUGAGAGAUGGACAGACACUUUGUCAAUUUUGUUAAAUUGCUUUGAUAAAAUUAAGUGUGUGUGAACUCAAACUUCACAGUGAGUUUUAAUCAGCCUUUCUCUGCAGACAUUUUGUUAUAGUAGGGAAAGUACGGGUAAUAUUGAUGGCUUAGGUGCAUUAAGUGGCCAAGUAAGCCAUGACGGUCUAUCACAAAGCCAUCUUUAAUACAGUUCAGUGCAGUUUAACCAGUUUAACUAGUGCCUUCACUAGUGUAAGAAGUCAAAAUGUUUGCAGUAGAAAAACAUUUAUGUCCAAUGACACUCAUCCAGCCAAUCGUUUUAUUCUUCAGCGUCCUCAUUGUUGACAAAAAGUAAGAACGGCAGCAUUGUUUUGUGGACUUUUUAAAGUAGCACUGCUAGCUUUAAUGGUUAAUUUAGCCCAAAAUAUGUUGGAUUAGUGGACAUUUUUAUAUAUGUGUUUUAUACCUCAGAGUGAACAGCUCGGACUCUUUUCUUAUUAACCGAAUGCAGCAUUUGAGUGCCUUAACCAGUGAGAAUGACGGCAAAUUCGAAACGUUGGAUAUUACAUGUAUAAAAUCAAAACAUAUCCUUUGUUUGUUGUUGAUGUUUUCUCUGCCAUACUGUAAGCGAACCGAACCAUGACUCCAACACCAAGAUUCAUACCAAACCAUGAAUUUUGUGUACCGUCACACCCCUCAUGUAAAUGUGUUUUCAUGUCUUUUUAUACACAACUUGAUCUGGACCAGUCUUCGUAAAUUGUGCCAUUGUUUUGUUUGUUUGUUUUUUUUGUUUGUUUUUUAUUAACCAUGUUAAUCACAAGUGAUUUGAAAUGUGUAUUGUUUUGCAGACGAUGUCUAAGAAUGUGUAGUCGCCAAGAACAGACUUAAUACAGGUUGGUCCUUAUUACAAUAUAAGGCUAGUUUUCUACUCUGACUCUUCGGGCACAUGGCUAGUUCUCCACAGUAUUAGCAAGAUGUUGUGAACUGGAAAUGUUAAUAAACCCAUGACUAAAAAACGUCCCUAAAGGUUAGGCUAUGCAGAAAAUGCUGCCUUCUCUUUCAACGUCACAGAAAUUGUAAACGUUCCUCAGAUAAUUGUUUAAAUGGUGUUUGAUACAGCUGGUCCUCUUUUCUUACAUUUAUUGUUGUGAUUUAUGUAAAUAAAUGUUCGUUUCCUGAAAUCUA